AAGCAAAUCGCAUGAGAGUUACUCUUAUAUUCAAUAUCAUGAUUCAAUCUAAUAGUUGCUCUCUUUUUUUCUAUCAUUAUUAUCAAUGUUAUUACCAUGAUAGUUAUUAUUAGUUAAUUACAAUUAGUUAAUCAAGUCUCUCUCUCACCAAACCUUUUUGUAUGUAUAUACACUCAAACACCAACAAUUAAUUGAUUGUAACCACACACACACACACAUACAUAAUAAGAGUGACAACAAUAAUCAACCCAAUAUGUUUAAUCCUUACAAUUAACUUUUAAAAUUGAUUGUGUCACAUUUUACAAUCUAAUCAAUCUGAUUAAAUCAUGAUCGUGAGAAUUGGGAUCCCAAUUAACCAACGAGCUUCAAUUUUAAUCACCAACAAUUAAAACCAAUUAAAUUUCACAAUUGUAAUCAUUUCUUUUGGUUUUCUUCAAUGGUUAAUUCAAUUUUUUCAUCACAUUUUCAUCAGUUAAUCAACAAUUACAAUUAAUAAAUCAACACAAAUCUCUGAUAGUGAUAAAUAAAUUGUGACAGAAAAACUGGAAUAACAAUUUAGAUGUUAAUUGUAAUAGUUUUAAUCAACAGAAACAAUUAAUUUUAGUGAUAAAAUUGUUCAAAGUGUUUUUUUUAUUACAAUUACGGAUUAGACACUGAACUUAAAGUUAAUUAACUCGUAUUAAUUGUUAAAUUGUUAUCUCACAAUUAGCAACUUGUAUCAUAUAUCUUGUAAAUUAUAUAAGAAAAAAGUUGUUUCAAUUGUAAAUUGUUAUUUAUAUAAAAUCACAAUUAGUUAAUUACUAACAGUUAUUACAAAUAUAUUUCCAUUGGUACUAAUAAUCAAUCAAUUUAUCAUUUUCAACUUUAAAUUGUUUAUAUAAUCAACAUCAUCAUCAACAUCAACCAUAAUUUAAACAUCAUCUUUUAUCAACAAUUAGCAUCAAUUCAACCAAAUACACAAUUAACAAGAAAUAAAUUGUCACACUAAUCAUAAUCAUGGUUAAACUAAGUGAUAUAUUAAUUGAUUCUCAAUGGAUCAUCUUAAGAUUAUGUUUCAUUUUACCGUUAAUUUCAUUAGUAAGGUCUACGGCAAAUUUUCGUGCUCAGGAGAAAGUGAUAUUAGAUACAAUUAUUGGCGAUGGGAGAUAUGAUAGACGUAUAAGACCUUCAGGAGUAAAUUCAACAGAUGGAAAGGAUGGACCAGCAAUAGUUCGAGUUAAUAUAUUUGUUCGAAGUAUAUCACGAAUAGAUGAUGUCGCCAUGGAAUACGCUCUCCAAAUAACUUUUCGUGAACAAUGGAAAGAUGAUCGCCUUCAAUACGAUGAUUUGGACGGUAAAAUCCGAUUCUUAACAUUAACUGAUCCUGACAGGAUUUGGAAGCCUGAUUUGUUUUUCUCCAAUGAAAAAUCAGGCCAUUUUCAUAAUAUAAUUAUGCCCAAUGUUUUAUUACGAAUUCAUCCAAAUGGUGAAAUCCUCUAUUCCAUACGAAUCUCCCUUGUACUCUUCUGCCCAAUGGACUUGAGGUUCUUUCCACUCGAUAAACAAGACUGUGAAAUCAAAAUGGCCAGUUAUGGUUACACAACAGAAGAUCUUGUUUUUCAAUGGAAACGUGAUGAUCCUGUUCAGGUUGUUAAAAACCUUCAUCUUCCUCGAUUUGGUCUUAGCAAUUAUGUAACAGAAUACUGUACAAGUCGUACGAAUACAGGUGAAUACAGUUGCAUCAAAGUUAGACUUACAUUUAAACGUGAAUUUAGUUACUAUCUGAUUCAAAUAUAUUUUCCCUGUGUGAUGCUUGUGAUCGUCUCAUGGGUCUCAUUCUGGUUGGAUCCAAACGCGAUACCUGCUCGGGUUUCAUUGGGUGUGACAACCCUACUGACCAUGGCUACCCAAAUAUCGGGUAUAAAUGCCUCUCUUCCGCCGGUCAGUUAUAUUAAAGCCAUUGAUGUGUGGACAGAGUCUUGUUUAACCUUUGUCUUUGGGGCUUUACUUGAAUUUGCCCUGGUUAAUUAUGCUUCCCGAAGUGAUGCUCAUAGAGCUGCUCAAAGGCGAGCAGCACCCGCUCCACCGCCUCCACCCUCCAGUCAACCUCCAAUUCGUCGUAAAUCUCUUGAUAUUGAACAAUUACCUUUCGAUCCAGAAUCAUUUGAAAAUGAACCAUUGGCCUUUCCAAAGAAACCAUUGGUCCGAGGUGUCGAUAAUCUUGCAGACAAGCUUCGAGCUUGUGAGAUUCACUCUGGACCACAUCAUAAGAAUUUUUUCACUCGCUGGUUAGCCCGAUUUCCAAGCCGUUCCAAGCAAAUCGAUGUUCUCAGUCGGAUAUGUUUUCCUGUUUGUUUUCUUUGUUUCAACCUUGUAUAUUGGACACGUUACCUGAAUGCCGAAGAUCAAUCAGAAUCUUAGUUUAAGAAAAAAAAAAAUAAACUUCUGUUGUUCAAGACGCAACAAAAUAACUAAUUGAAAAGGAAAUAAAGAGUUCACUGUAAAAUUACAUCACAAUUAAUAUGAAGACGACGACGAUGACGAUGAGGAUGAUAAUUAAUGCCUGUUAUAUCAUCAUUGUGUUGGAAGAUGGAUAAACGAAACAGAAAAUGAUGGAUAAAGUUUCGUUAAUACUCAAGGAUACGAAAAUGAUUCAAAUCAAUACCAUUCAUCAAUCGAUACUUGAUUAGACUGUUCCAAAGGACAUUUCUGAUCAUAUUUACAAUCUAAAUAGCGAUAACACCAAUACACAAAUCGAUAACGAAUGGACAACAAAACUUUUACCUCGCUAUCUUUACACUUUAUUCAAUACUGUUCCUAAUUAACAAUCUUUUACGGAAAUAAUUUCUUUAUAACUCAUUCUCUCUCUCUCUCAAUCUCCUUCUACCUUCACCACACCCUUGUCCUCUUCCACCACCACCAAAUCAACCUUGAAUUUCACCAUAAUUACCUGAGCUCUCUCUCCCUCUGCCCCCCAUCUCUCUCUCUCUCUCUCUCUCUCUCUCUCUCUGUACCUACUAUCAUCAAUGUAAUCUGUUUUAUUUAACACUUAACUGCUCUGUUGUAAUAAUAAACAAAAAAAAUGAAAAAAAAUCUCAUUAAUAUGAUAACUAUAAGUGUAAUGAAUUUUUAAUAGAAUCUGAAAUCAGAAUUGUUAAUGUACAUAAAGUAUAAAAAAAAAUUGGAAAACAAUUUAUUCAUAUUGUCUACUGGGAGGGAAAAAUAUAAUUUGAUUCUGUCGAAUUCAUUUCCUUUACUGAAUUAGUCUAAUCAAUGUAACAGUUUAAAUUCAAAGUGAACAAAAAAUUGUUGAUGUUAAUCAGAAUCAAAUUUUUUAUACAUUAAAUCAUCAACUGAUUUGAUCAACAAUCAUUACGAUCACAUAUGUAAUUCAACAAGAUGAUUAAAAACUAAUAACUUAUCAUAAUCAAAUUAAUCAAUUUCAACAGCUAAAUGUG